UCGAAGUUUGUGACAUUUGGCUGCGUGAGAUCGAGGGUUCUCAAUUUUACGAUAUAUUGCAAAUUGAUUGUUUUGGUGAGAGACCAGUAGCCCUAAUUUUUAGUAUUUGAAAUAAAUUAGGUAUAAUGAUUGGAGAUGGUUCUUCCGAUGGACGGUGCAGAAACCGUCCUGUUCUGACUGAUGUUACGAAUAGACACGGUAAAAGACGGUUUGUGUCAAUUUCCAGCAGCCCUGGUCUUGACAGGGGAAAUGGGUUUCGGGAUAAUGUGGAAGGCAAGGUGCCAGAUUCUGAGUUUGUUCAAAAAGUUUGUCUGGGAGUUGAGAAUUUAAUCAGAGGGAAAUGCAAGCGAGACUGUGUUGAAGAUGGUAAUGCUAAGGGUUUGCCUUUGGCGAAACCCAUGGGUCUCUGUAGUUCACUGAAAUCUGGUAGUGGACGUGACUCUCUAAAUGGUGACAAAGUGUCUGGAAUUUUUGGGGUUCAUGGUGAAAUUAAGGAUCUCACAACAGUUUCAGAUGGUUGUAUGCAUUUUGUAAGAAGUGAUGGAUCGAGAGAUAGUUAUACUUCUGGUUUCAUAGGCUCUGAACAAUGUGAUAAGAGUGGGAGCAGCUCUCCAUCAGUUAUUGUAGGACUAGGGAGCCAAGGUGGCAAAGAACAUGUUAAAGCUGAUGGGAGCACUCUGGAAAACAAUUUUGUAGAUGCUCAUGUCUGUGGGGAUGAUCCUGAGUCGAUGAAUGGUGGUGAUCUGACCUCAACCAAGUCUAAUCUUGCUGGGUCAUCAAGUUCCAAGUUUUCUGAAUCAGAGAUGUGUGCCGGUUCUGCUAAUGCAGAUGGCUCUGAUCCUAAUCAAGGGAUAGACAUGCUCAAUGAUUGCUCUUGUUCUUUCUGUCUGAAAGCUGCAUAUAUUUGGUCGGACCUCCAUUACCAGGAUGUCAAGGGCCGGAUUGCUGCGUUAAAGAAGAGUCGGGAAGAAGUUAAAUUUUGUGUAAAUAGAAGUUUGAAUCAGUAUGAGACAGAAAAAAAUGGCGUGGCCAAUUUAAACAAAUCAAAAGAACUAGAAUUGGAUCUUAUGGGCAUGUGGAAGUCACUUUUCCUUAAGACAGAGGAUAUCCUCAAUCGUGAAAACACUCAGCUUCAAUCCAGUCUUCUUUCUUUGAAAGGACUGAGAGGGAGCUGCAAGAUGGAUCUGGAGAUGACUAAUGGAAUGCCUUUGAAGAACUAGUUGGGUGCUUUCAGUUUUUUUUUGGGUGACAGUCUCCUAACACAUUGGUGACAUUUCUGUGCAACAAUUGUAGCUAUAGACUUGAAUGC